UGGACAUAUGUUUAAUGAACCAAGAAAAACUUAAUCGUUUUCUAUUGCCUGGUGAAAAGGUCAUUAAGAGACCAUCCAAUUUUCCAUCACUUCCAGUAGACACUGAAGCACAACUGAAUUCUCUUGAGAAUUUCUUGAAAGAUGAUGGCAAUUUAUCUGCAGCAUCUAUAUAUUUUGCGAAGUAUGUUGAUCCUGGUAGUCUUGAUUCAUCAGUAAGAAAAAUUUUAUCAAAAAUUAUGACUAACACUUUAGCUCAAACCUUUAGUUUUCAAGGUCGAGGAAAUAAAUGCAAAUUUGAAGCGCUAAAAAUUUGGGAUCUUGUACAAGGUUUUGUAUGUUUUUAUGUUGUUUGGUUUUGUUAAGUUUAGAAGACGCUUUCUAUAAUUUUAAUUUUAUUCUUCCUAUUUGCUUGAUUUUAUGUCUCUUAAAAACACUCGAUAUUUUAUCCGUAUUGUAUCCGUUAUUAU